AUGCCCGACAUUGAUCCAGCGGCCUUGAGUCGCUCUAGUGUGACGAACAAGAGUCCAACUCCUGUUCUACCUAACAAAUCACUUACUGCGACAACACCGGUACAAAAAUCUGCAAAGUUCAAUCAUGUUCCGCCGCGCAUCGACCUUGAACCGUUGUAUACGGCAGUCAAGUCUGCCAUUGGCGAGAAUUUUGGGAUAUACAAAGAUUCAAUUGGCUUGUUUCUCAUGGGGCAAAUGAACCAAAUUGAACUUUCAUCCCGAAUUGAUCAUUUCCUCAUAACAAAUACUGGCGAAAUCGAACAUCUUCACAAUCAACUCAUAUCUGCCAUUUAUGCGAACACAACUCGUGAAAUGCCUGACCAGGGCGUGGCAAGCUGGGUCAGCGCAAAUGAUAAACCUACAACAGGAGCUGGGAGCAAGCCGGUUAGCGGCGAUGCGGCGGAACAAAGACUUAAGACAGAAGUUAUGCAACUACCGAGUCGUGAUAGAAGAAGGCUGAAGGACCUUUCUCAAAAUGAUUUCGACCCGUUCGAUGCAUUUGCGACAAUGCUAACCGAGCAUCGCCGACCGAAGCCUGCACGACAGCCUGAGAUUGUGCCUGCUAGUGCUGGUGGUCUGAAUAAAACUAAUUGGGAUUUGGAAAUUCGAAAAAGAUAUGCUUUACCUCUAGCCUCGGAAUCAGGAGAGUUUCCUGACAUGACAACUAUCGAAUCGCGAAUGCUUCCCAUAUGCUACGAGACAGGAUUAGUCAAUGGCCAUGUCCAAGAUGCAGCUCAAUUCAUGUCUGUGGCAACAGAAACGUUUAUUAAAGAGGUCUUAUCAUCGAUAUUCGGCAAAACGAGAAGCAAUGGACCUGGAUCUACGGGCAGUGCUGGAACAGGCGGGGGUUCCUCCUGGGUACAAACGCACAAGUAUCGCAGGCAGCUAGAAAGGGAGGAAGAGUCCUCGUUGCGCAACGAGAUCCUUCGAGACAAAAACGGCUUAUUACCCACCGAGGCCCGCGCAGCAAGUGAGCGAGGUCCCCUAGGCAUGGCUGAUGUACGAACCGCACUUGAGAUUUCCGAUUGUGGCUUAGGGCAAAUGCCAGUCGUUGUCCAGCAAAUUAUGUUCGGAUACCAAGAAGGCGAGCUAGAAGAUUGGAACGCAUUCACACGGCUUGGGCCUCAAGGAAGAAUUAUUGCUGAGGAUGAAGAUGGCGACAUCGAGAUGGGAGGUCUCGAAGUCAACGGAUUAACUAAUGGCGUCAACGGGCACGCGAUAGACGAACCGCUAAGUGAUAUCGAAGAUUGGGGGUGGGAAGGGGCCGAAUAUCAAGAUCGAGCUGCAUUGGAUAUGGUACUAGAUUCAUGUCUAGCAAUUGGAGCUUAA